AUGGCAGGCUAUACAGACAUAGCCUUUAGGGAAGUGGCUACUGAAAAGGGUGCAGACAUAACUGUAACUGAAAUGGUGUCGGCCAUGGCACUUGUAUAUGAAAACAAAAAAACUAUAGACCUCUUGGACAUAUCUCCCAAAGAGAAGAAAGUUGCAGUCCAAAUCUUCGGCAGUGACCCAGAUGUCAUGGGUGAAGCUGCAAGAAUUUUAAAUGAUUACGACUUUUCUUAUGUAGAUAUAAAUAUGGGCUGCCCUGCACCAAAGAUUGUAAAAAAUAAUUCAGGCUCCCAUCUCUUAAGUAACCCAUCAUUGGUCUACGAUAUUGUAAAGUCUGUUGUAAAAAAUUCUAACAAGCCUGUAACUGCAAAGGUCCGUAAGGGAAUCGGUGGAGUAUCUUCCAUGAAGGCCAUAAAAAAUAUUGAGGCGGCAGGAGCAAGCUUUGUCACAGUUCACGGAAGGACGAGAGAAGAAUACUACACAGGCAAGGCUGACUGGGACUUCAUAAAAGAAGUAAAGGAAAAUGUAAAAAUCCCUGUCAUAGGAAAUGGAGACGUUGACAGCCCAGAAGAUGCCAUAGAAAAAAUAAAUUACUCCAAGGUUGAUGGACUAGCAAUAGGUCGUGGUGCAAUAGGAAAUCCCUACAUCUUUAAUCAAAUCGAAGAACUUAUAAAAACUGGGGACUAUUAUAAGCCAAGUGACAAGGAAAAAUUACUUUUAAUGAUUGAUGAGCUUGAAAGAAAAAUUUCUUACAAGGGAGAGAAGCAUGGCAUACUUGAAAUGAGAAAGGUAUAUGCAGAAUAUUUUAAGGGCAUGAAGGGCUCUAAAGAAGUUAGGAACAAGCUAAACAACUUAAAGGACAAGGAAGAGAUUUUAAAAAUAAUAAGUAACUUUAGAGAUAAAAUUUAA